AAAGACCAGCGCCCACGGGGGGAUUAGGAAGGUCCGCCCACCCGUAUAAAAGGAGCGGCCGGCGAGGGCAGCAGCCUCCCUCCUCCCGCUUUACCCAAACAGCCCCUCGCCCAAUCAUUCCCUCAGCGCCUCGCCCUUGCGCCGCCUCUCAUCUUCGCGGAGCCGAAGCUUCCGCGCCGGCGGCGGCGGCGGCGGCGGCAGCAGGAAUAUGGCGGGGAAGUCCAAGGGUGGGAAGAACAAGGGGAAGGCGCAGGGGGCGGGUCAAUCCGUUUCGGCCGAGCCCGAGGUGCCGGUGACUGACGGCGCCGAAGUGGUUAAUCCAGAGAACGGGGAAGUAAGUGACCCCCCUGCCGCGGAGAGCAGUGUGGCAGAUGCCGAGAAAACGGACGGGGAUGCGCCAGUUGCUGCACAGCCGGUGAAAAAGCCAGCUGAAGGAGAACUCCAUCUUUUUCCCGUUCCUGUCAGGACACAAUCCGGUGAAAAGCUCGAGUUGCAGCUAAGCCCAGGAGAUUCUGUCAUUGAUGUCAAACAAUUCCUCUUGGAUGCUCCUGAAACUUGCUUCUAUACAUGCUACGAUUUGAUCUUGCAUUCUAAAGAUGGUUCAACUCAUCAGUUAGAGGACUACAAUGAAAUAUCUGAAAUUGCAGAUAUAACUUCUGGUGGCUGUUCAUUGGAGAUGGUUGCUGGAAUAUAUGAUGAGAGGUCUAUUAGGUCGCAUCUCCGACGUGUUAGGGAGCUACUAUCUCUCUCAAGUCUUCAUGUUUCUCUUUCCACAUCCUUAGCUCUGCAGCAGGAGUCUGCUCAGGGAAAAUCUGCAGGUUCUGAGAAAACUGUUAUUCAGGAGCUUGAUGGUUUAAAUUUUAUGGAGGAUAGUGCUGGUGCUCUCACUAAUUUAUUGGCAUCUGCACCAGCAGAAAUAAAAUGCGUUGAAAGCAUUGUUUUUUCGUCUUUCAAUCCUCCACCAAGUUACCGGAGGCUGCAUGGAGAUCUCAUUUAUAUUGAUGUUGUCACAUUAGAAGGAAAUAAAUACUGCAUUACAGGAAGCUCCAAAUCUUUUUACGUGAACUGUAGCAAUGGAAGUAUAUUGGACCCAAAACCUACAAAACAAAGCCUGGAGGCCAGCACUCUUGUAGGCCUACUACAGAAAAUCAGUGCCAAGUUUAAGAAAGGUUUUCGUGAAGUAUUGGAUCGCAGAGCAUCGGCUCAUCCAUUUGAGAAUGUUCAGUCGUUGCUUCCAGUGACUUCUUGGUUAGGUGCUCAUCCUGUGCCAGAGCAUAGAAGGGAUGCAGCCAGGGCUGAAGAGUCUGUGGUGUUAUCGUAUGGCACUGAACUGAUUGGCAUGCAAAGAGACUGGAAUGAAGAAUUGCAGUCCUGUCGGGAGUUUCCUCAUGGCAAUCCUCAAGAAAGGAUAUUGCGUGGCAGAGCUCUCUACAAAGUAACAUGUGAUUUCGUUGAUGCUGCAGUGAAAGGGGCAGUUGGUGUCAUUAAUAGAUGCAUACCCCCAAUUAAUCCAACUGAUCCUGAAUGUUUUCAUAUGUAUGUUCACAACAACAUUUUCUUCAGUUUUGCUGUUGAUUCUGACUACGAACAUAUUCCAAAGGACCGGAAGCCAGACUGCCAAAAUGGAUCCAGCAGAAGCACAAAAGUUACUUCCUCGGGUGUGGAGCGUAAGUGUGAUAUGAACCAUGCUGAAACCACGGAAGUAUCCAACAGCGUUUCAGACAAUAGUUUGGAUGCAUCUGCAGAGGCACAAAUUGCAGAUAGUGAGCAGGCGACCUAUGCUUCUGCAAACAAUGACUUAAAAGGAACUAAGGCUUAUCAAGAAGCUGAUAUUUCUGGCCUUUACAAUCUUGCCAUGGCAAUAAUUGAUUAUAGAGGUCACAGGGUUGUAGCUCAGAGUAUUAUUCCUGGUAUUCUUCAAGGAGACAAGUCCGAUUCCCUUUUGUAUGGUUCUGUUGAUAAUGGCAAGAAGAUAUCUUGGAAUGAACCUUUCCAUUCAAAGGUGGUCGAGGCUGCAAAGCGGCUCCAUUUGAAAGAACAUGUGGUUUUAGAUGGCUCCGGCAAUCCUGUAAAGUUAGCUGCUACAGUCGAAUGUAAGGGCAUUGUUGGUAGUGACGACAGGCAUUACAUUUUAGAUUUGAUGAGAGUGACCCCGCGAGACUCUAACUACAUGGGACUAGAGCACCGCUUCUGCGUGUUGAGACCUGAACUUGUAGCCUCAUUUGUUGAGGCUGAAUCGACCAAACAAGCCACUAGGCAGAAAGUUCCAGAUGCUUCGGAAGAAUCCAAUGACCAAGUUGCGAGUACUUCUGAUGCUAAGGCUUCCUCUGUUGAAGGAGAUGACAAGUCUGAAGAAAGCUCUGCUCCUACACUUGAGGAAAACAGCAACUCAAAUGCCGAGAUCCUUUUCAAUCCUAAUGUGUUUACAGAGUACAAGCUUGCUGGCAGUCCAGAGGAAAUUGCUGCAGAUGAAGAGUUGGUAAAACGGGCUGGUACAUAUCUUUUGGAAAUGGUGAUCCCAAAGUUUGUUCAGGAUCUUUGCUCCCUUGAUAUCUCCCCUAUGGAUGGACAAACUUUAACCGAUGCACUGCAUCUUCAUGGGAUAAAUGUUAGGUACCUGGGCAAAAUUGCAGGCAUGAUCAAACAUUUACCACAUUUAUGGGAUUUGUUUUCUGCCGAGAUAAUAGUUAGGUCUGCAAAGCAUGUGAUCAAGGAAAUAUUGAGGCAAAGCCCGGAUCAUGAUAUUGGACCAGCUAUUGCUCAUUUCUUGAACUGCUUUGUUGGGAAAGUUUCGGGUGCUUCCACUAAGGGAAGCCAUGGCAAUGCCCAGUCAAAAACUCAGAAGGGUCAUGAAAGUAGCCAAACCCAAAAGUCUACGAAGGGCCAGAAACUAAACAAUACUGCUGCUUCAAGAAAGGGCUUAUCAACAUAUUCCCAUCUAACAUCUGAUGGAAUUUGGUCUAGUAUUAAGGAAUUCGCAAAAUCUAAAUAUCAGUUCGAAGUGCCAGAUGAUGCAAGGCUUUCAGCCAAAAGGGUAUCUGUUCUCCGCAAUCUUUGCCAAAAGGUAGGGAUAACUAUUGCAGCCCGCAAAUACAAUCUGGAUGCUUCAACUCCAUUUGAAGCCUUAGAUAUAUUAAAUCUCCAACCAGUUGUCAAGCAUUCAGUUCCAACUUGUACAGAUGCAAAGAACCUUAUGGAAGCAGGGAAAGUCAGGAUGGCUGAGGGUACCCUGAAUGAAGCCUAUGCAUUGUUUUCUGAAGCCUUCUCACUGCUUCAACAGAUAACUGGUCCCAUGCACAAGGAUGCUGCAAACUGUUGCAGGUACCUUGCUAUGGUUUUGUACCAUGCUGGUGAUACAGCUGGAGCAAUUGUGCAGCAACAUAGAGAACUCAUCAUAAACGAGCGAUGCCUUGGUCUUGAUCAUCCGGACACAGCCCACAGUUACGGUAACAUGGCUUUAUUCUAUCAUGGGCUCAACCAAACUGAACUCGCACUACGACACAUGUCCCGCACACUGCUGCUUCUCAGUUUGGCGUCAGGUCCUGAUCACCCGGAUGUUGCAGCAACCCUCAUAAAUGUCGCAAUGAUGUAUCAGGAUGCCAGUAAUAUGAACACUGCUCUUAGGUAUCUUCAAGAAGCACUUAUGAAGAAUGAGCGACUUCUUGGUCCUGAUCAUGUUCAAACGGCCGUUUGCUAUCAUGCUCUUGCCAUUGCAUUCAGCUGUAUGAGCUUAUACAAGCUUUCAAUUCAGCAUGAAAAGAAGACAUAUGAUAUACUGGCAAAACAAUUAGGGGAAAAUGACUCGCGGACUAAGGACUCAGAAAAUUGGUUGAAUACAUUUAAGCAUCGAGAAGAGCAGGUUAAUGCCCAGAAGCAAAAGGGCCAGGGAACCAAUGCAUCUGAAAAUGCUAUUAAUUUCUUGAAGGCAAAUCCUGCAUUUUUACAAGCUAUGAAGGCUGCUGCGAUCCAAUCAGGUGAUGGAUCAGCAAAUGUCAACAGGUCACUUAACGCCGCGGUUGUGGGAGAAGGUGUACCUCGACUUAGAGGAGUUGAUGAGCGAGCUGCUCGAGCAACCGCAGAAGCUCGGAAGAAAGCUGCUGCUAGAGGGCUUAAUGUGCGCAGUGGGCCUGGUGCAAACAAUGCAUCUGAUGAACUAGCUCAAAUUCUCAAAAUUAUCAACUCAGCUGCUGCAGUGUCUUCCACCUCUGCCACUGCGAACGCUCAGCAAUCAGUAUCUGAAGGGCAGGCGACGAAUGGACCUGCUCAAAACGGAAAUGCUUCGGAAGGGAAGGCCGCAGAUACCAACGGGCCAUCUGUCAAGUCAACUGGCAACACGCCGGUCGGAUUGGGAACGACAUUGGAGUCGAAGAAGCAGAAGUCAAAGCAGAAGUCGUAGGGGCUAGAGAUGUUCUUUUUUCUGUAACAGUUUUGUUGGGCUUCUAGGGUGAUUUCGGUUUUUACUUCCAUAGGGAUUGUCACGUCCACAUGGUGGCCAAGAGUGAGUUUAUUUAUUUUUGGCGGGGUUCCUAGGAGGCUUCAAUAAUCAUUACGAGGAAGAAUACAAUUGUUUCGACAUUGAUAGACUACUGAUGUAAUGGCUAAUCAGUGCAACUAAUAAAUUUUUAGUCGAUACAUACUC